AUGAGUUUCACAGGAUCGUUGGUGCUCAGCGGCAUCGGUGGCCUGGUAUAUAAAUAUGGUGGCCAGCAGUCGGAGAGGGAGACGGAGGUACCAGUUGGGUUCCAAAGCCUAACUAUUGGAUUUUUCCAGGCUAGAAUUCGUGUCUUCAGAACGCGUCUGGAGACCUUGUCGAGAACUUUUUGGCGCCAGCUGGUAGAGACCAGCGGCUACAAAUAUCCUAUCCGAGGGGUCUCCGAAAUGUUCAGGAGCGGGGCUUAUUUCUUCCCAUGGGCUCGAGCAUUUGCAUUCUAUCUGGUCCUUUAUCUCACAAUCGCAUUUAUUUAUUUUUGCACCAUUCUGCCAGUGUACUUGGCCCUGUUGGCGUUUUUAGGCCCCAUUGGAUUUGCAAUUGCAUACCUGCAUUUCCUGCUGCACUCCAACAUGCUUACCAUGAUGGUUAUGAGAUUUACACAGCUCCACAAUUCAUUGUUUGAUUUGGCAUUGGUACACAAUGGUAAGGAAAUCUUUGUCAAGACAGCUAUCCAAAGUCCAACGUUGCCCAAAAGAUAUUACGUUCCACUCAACACAUAUUACUUUUGGCUCAACUACUUGCCAUGGAGAAUCUUCAUCUUCGGAUUUGGAUUUACUGUAUUGAUUGUCCUUUUGUUGAUUUCCUUCAUUCCAAUCAUUGGUCCCUUCAUCUUCAAUGCGCUCAUCUCACCUUUCAUUGCUCGUAUCUACUUCUCAAGAUUCCUACGUCUUAAAAAGUUGGACAACAAGCAAAGAAACGAUGAAUUUUAUUUCAACUUUGGAACCUACGUUUCAUUUGGAUUUGUUGCUGGUCAACUAGAAAUCCUGCCUUUUGUCUCGGGUUUGAUUUACUCUUCCAACAGUGUUGGAGGUGGUCUGUUUGCCAUCAAGGCCUUGGAUUCUGAACAUGCUGCUGCUCCAUCAGGUGCUACUGCUGCUGCUACUGCUGCUGUCAGUGGCUCUCAGGCUCGUCAAGAUACCACCGUCGCAUAA